UCAUGAGAGUAGUGAAGACAAACCUAGCACGUGAUCUAAACCUCCAUUAGACAUAAAUAACCAAAAAUUACUGUCAACACACCAAAACUUUCAUCAAAAUUUUGGUGACCCCCGUAGAAGCCUCGAGAGUCUUCCUUCUCAAAAUUUCAAGGUUCAGUCUCUCACAAGGACAAACUUUAGAAAUAAAAGAUUCCAGACCUCCAAUAGCCCUAACACCAUAUUGCGAAAGAGGACUUUGUCAAGAUCUAAGAGAAAAGGCAGCAAAACUACACUUCUAAUCGAACAAAAAGAAACUUUAAAGGUGGAUAACCAUCGAUUAAAGGAUGAAAAUACCAAGCUUCGAACUCGUGUCUUAUUUCUUGAUAAUGAGAUUGGAAAGCGGAAUAAAUUAGUAGAACAGACUCUUAUCUCCAAGAAUAUAUCUAUAAAACCCUAAGAAGGCCACUAUGAUCAUGAAAUCAUCCAUUGUGAACACUCUUAAAAGCAAAGUUAGAGAAAAGGAUGAGCUGAUCAGAACAUUAAAGAGUGACAUUGAAAAAUAGCCAAAAGGAUAUAAAGAAGACCAACAUUGAUGAACUUAUGAUAACAGUUAAUGUUCUGACUGAUGAAUGCUCGCGACUCAGAGAUCUACUCAAGAAGUCUCUUCAGAAAGAGGACAGCUUUAAAACCUUAGAACAGGAAAAUUAUCAACUAGUUGAGGCAUUUCAUAGUAAAGAACAUGAGGUUGAGAAUUUAAUGAAAAAUAUUUAUGAACUGAAUCUGAACAUUGAAAAACAAGACAAUACCAUAUCAAAUCUAAAUAAGGUUAAGAAACUAAUCAAGGAUAAGGAUAGAGCAAUCAUGAAGCUUAAAUAAAGAAAUCAAAGUUAAAGAGCAGACUUCAAAAACAGAAGUAGCACAAUUAAAAGCUCAAUUAAAAGCGAAGGAAAAAGUGAAUCAAAAAUCAGAGACAGAACUUGGAAAUCAAAAGAAAAGGAUCAGAGAUCUUGAGAACCAGAUUAAAGAAUUGGAAAGGUAUAAAUAAUGAUAAAAUAAAUAAAUCUACACCAGAGAGCAAUAUUUCGCACCCUCAUGAAGAAAACUCUAAAGCUAAUGAAGAUCUGGAGAUAUCUGUUUCACCCAUAAAGGAUCAAAAGAAGAUCAUUGAUACUGGUUCAAGUUAUCCUCACGGAGGAUCAUUUCAUUCAGUUCCAAAGACCAGAUCUGACAGGGAAUCAAUGGAUCAGAGUAAGACUCUUACUCUUCCACCGGCUGCAAAGCCAUUCUCUGAGAUUUCUGCUGCACUCCUCCAAUUUAGAUGAGUGCUCCGGAUCUCCAAUGUAGGUAUAAAGGAGUUCUUGGAUUUAAUAGUAUUUAAGGAUGGGUCACAAUCUUUAAAUUUCUCCAAAUUCAAGAUUCUUGUUCAAGAGGUUAUGAAAAACUACACUCAAGACUUUGCCUGAUUCUGAUUCAACGGUCAGCCAAUUAUUAGCCGUGAAGAGCUAGAAAGGAAGCUCUCAUCCGACAAAGUCUUCUUUGAACUGGAAGAUUAUCUUGAAGAAAAACUUGAUUAUGAAUUUAGCAUUUGAAAAAUGGCAUUAAAGGAGUCAUUCGAUGUUGAAGAUAUCAAUUCUCUUGGAUAUAUCUCAGUAAAGCAAUAUGAAGAAGUGUUAGAAAACCUAGAUAUCCAGCUCGAACCAGAUCUGUUCGAAUUCUCUGUGCUCUUAAUGUUUGAUAAGCAUCUCAGUGUAGAUAUGCUUGAUUAUCCAAAGUUAUUUGAAGAAGAAUCUCAAAUUGUCGAAGAUAAUACAAGGGAGCUUUCCUCUAUCAGAGAAGAUAGUAAGGAAGAAAAUUUCAUUAGCAAGAAAGGCACAAACCUAACCAAAAAGACCAAAACAACUUCGAAUCAAAAGAUAUAGCCUCUGUCGAUCUUAAAACUCCUGAUCUUCAGUUUGAGGAGGACGAGAGUGUUAGUAACGUUAACGGAGAGAUAAUCUCAAGAGAUUCUAAUAAUAGUCAAACAGGUAGGAUUCGAAACCAAGACCACAGUCAAGAUAGUGAAGCCGAUAUUGACUUCCCUCUCGAAAUUGAAUCACUCACAGAACAACAAAUUUUGGAUAUUGCUGAGCAAGUAUUUGAAAAGACUUUCUGAAGUAAAAUUGGAAAAUUCACGUUGGACGACCUAUAUGCAGAUAAAUUAGAAGAAUGAGAGUAUAAUGGAGAAAUAAUUAAAAUACUUUCUCCUGAGAACUUCAUUGGGAGCUUCCAGGCACUUGGAAUCACUCAUUUGGAAGAAUUAGAAAUAGAAUGACUCCUAAAAGUUCUUGUAAAACCUGAAAUUGAUCACAAGAUUUUAUAUGAAGAUCUUGUGAUGAUCCUUGAGAAUUUUGGAGUUUCAUAA